AUGUGUCUGGUAAAGAUGGCGGUCAGCAUCCGAGGCCGUCCUAUCCGGAGUAUACGGAUGCGAGGUCGGAAUGACAGUGGGGAGGAAAAUGUGCCGCUCGAUCUCACAAGAGACCCCUCCGAGAACAUGCGAGAGAUCCUCCAGAAUGUGGCCAAGCAGCAAGGAGUCUCAAAUAUGCGUAAACUGGGCCACCUGAACAACUUCAUCAAGCUGCUCUGCAAUGUCGGGCACUCUGAGGAAAAGUUUGGCUUUACCUAUGAAGAAAUUAUCCUUUGCCUCAGGUUGGCUCUGCUCAAUGAGGCUAAGGAGGUGCGGGCGGCUGGUUUGCGUGCUCUCCGCUACCUCAUCAGAGACAGUAAUAUCCUUCAGAAAGUGCUGCGGCUCCAGGUGGAUUACCUGAUUUCCAGGUGCAUUGACAUCCAGCAGAGUAAUGAGGUGGAACGCACACAAGCACUCAGACUGGUGAGAAAGAUGAUCACUGUGAACGCCCUGCUCUUCCCAAGCUCAAUCACAAACUCCCUCAUUGCUGUGGGUAACGAUGGACCCCAGGAGCGGGACCGUAUGGUUCGUGCCUGCAUCGCCAUUAUCUGUGAACUUGCACUGGAGAACCCUGAGAUUGUGGCAAAGAGGGGUGGCCUCAGCACCAUCCUGAAGAAUGUAAUCGACUGCCAGCUCAGUCGCAUCAAUGAGGCUCUGAUGACCACCAUCCUGCACCUGCUCAAUCACCCACAUACACGGCAAUACGUUCGCUCUGAUGUGGAGCUCGAGCAAAUCCUGGCACCUUACACAGACUUUCACUACAGACACAAUCCAGACACAGCAGAAGGUCAACUCAAAGAAGACAGGGAGGCUCGAUUUCUGGCCAGUAAGAUGUCAAUUGUUGCUUCCCUUCGCUCUUGGUCAGGCAUCAUUAAUCUCUGCAAAUCAGGCAACUCUGGAAUCCAGUCUCUCAUUGGUCUGCUGUGUAUACCAAAUAUGGAAGUGAGGCGAGGUCUACUGGAGGUUAUGUAUGAUAUAUUCAGACUCCCUGUUCCCGUGGUGACACAAGAUUUUAUAGAAGCUCUUCUCAGUGUGGACCCCAGUAGGUUUCAGGACAGUUGGCGACUGUCCGAUGGCUUUGUAGCCUCAGAAGCAAAAAUUAUUCUUCCGCAUAGGGCGCGGUCCAGACCAGAUUUGAUGGAUAACUAUCUCGCCUUACUACUUUGUGCUUUCAUCCACAGUGGACUUUUAGAGGGCCUGGUUGAAGUGAUCACGAGCAGUGAUGAUGGUGUUUCAGUGCGUGCAACCAUCCUCUUAGGAGAACUCCUGCAUAUGGCCAACACCAUUCUCCCCCACUCCCAUAGUCACCACCUGCACUGCCUGCCCACUCUUAUGAACAUGGCUGCUUCUUUUGACAUUCCUCAGGAGAAAAGACUACGGGCAAGUGCUGCGGUCAACUACUUGAAGCGAUUUCAUGAAAAGAAGAAACGAGGCCCCAAACCCAAUAGUCUUUACUUGGACCACAUUAUUCGCAAAUCACUGGCUGCUCAUUGCUGUCGGGACCAAAACCUAAGGCCCCAGAGGGACAUUUUUGUCAUUAAGGACACUGAGGAGGCCCUGAUGAUGAACCUCAGAGACAGUCAGAUUCUAAAUCAUAAGCAGAAUUUGGACUGGAACUGGGUCCUGAUCAGUACCAUACUUAAGUGGCCAAAUGCCAACCUUCGGAACAACAAAGAGGAACAGAUGCACAAGUUUGUGCGAAGGCUGCUGUUCUUCUACAAGCCUAGCAGCAAGCUGUAUGCAAGCCUGGAGCUAGACCACAGCAAGGCCAGGCAAUUAACGGUGGCGGGCUGUCAGUUUAUUGAGUUCCUGCUGGAGUCAGAUGAGGAUGGACAGGUGUAUCUUGAGGACCUGGUGAAGGACAUUGUGCAGUGGCUGUCCUCGUCCUCUGGGCUGAAACCAGAUCGUAGUCUGCAGAGCAACGGCCUCCUCACUACUCUCAGCCAGCACUACUUCCUGUUCCUCGGCACUCUCUCUGCCCACCCCCAGGGUGUUAAGAUGCUUGAGAAGUGCAGCGUCUUCCAAUGCCUGCUGAACCUGUGCUCCCUGAAGAACCAGGACCAUCUUCUGAAGCUGACCGUUUCCACACUGGACUACAGCCGGGAUGGCUUAGCACGAGUCAUCCUCUCAAAGAUCCUCACUGCUGCCACUGACAACUGCAGGCUGUACGCCACCAAGCAUCUGCGGGUGCUACUUCGAGCUAACGUGGAGUUCUUCAGCAACUGGGGUAUUGAACUGCUGGUGACUCAGCUACACGACCGCUAUAAGGCUGUCUCAGUGGAGGCUUUGGACAUACUGGAUGAGGCCUGUGAAGACAAGGCAAACCUACACGCUCUGAUUCAGAUGAAGCCUGCACUAACUCACCUGGGAGACAAGGGUGUACUGUUGCUGCUACGGUUUUUGUCCAUUCCGAAGGGGUUCUCCUAUCUAAAUGAAAGGGGAUAUGUCACUGAACAAAUGGAAAAGUGGCAGAAGGAAUACAACUUCAAGUAUGUGGACCUCAUAGAGGAACAGCUAAAUGAAGCGCUCACUACUUACCGAAAACCAGUGGAUGGUGAUAACUAUGUGCGACGGAGCAACCAAAGGUUACAAAGACCAAAUGUUUUUCUACCUGUGCAUUUGUAUGGGCAACUUGUACAUGAUAAAACGGGCUGUCAUUUGCUGGAAGCUCAAAAUGUAGUUUCAGACCUGAGCUACACAGUGCGCUGUCCAGUGCUGGACAAAUGGGAUGGCAUCAAACAGCUCAAAGCUGCUCUUUGGGCCCUGGGAAACAUUGGCACAUCUAACUGGGGACUGAACCUGCUGCAGGAAGAGAAUGUAAUUCCAGAUAUCGUCGCUCUUGCCCAUGACUGUGAGGUUCUGUCUAUUAGGGGGACAUGUCUUUAUGUUCUGGGACUUAUUUCUAAAACUAAGCAGGGAUGUGAGCUGCUCAAACUGCAUGGUUGGGAUGCAGUUAGGCACAAUCGCAGACAGCUUUGGCCUGUGGUGCCAGAUGAGGUGGAGCAGAACCAGAACCUACAGCAGCAGCAGCAGCAGCAACAACAACAGCAGCAACCCCUCAUCCACCUGUCCUCAGCACCCAGCACCCUCAGCCUGAACUCGGAGUCCACCAGCUCUAGACACAACAGCGAGAGUGACUCCACUCAGCCUAGCAUGUACAUCCUGGAUGAUGAUAAGUUAGAAAGCUCUGAACUUUCAGAGGACCAGCCACUGUACUUCAGGCCCAAACUCCUAAAGGACCGCAGCCCCUUCACCAUAUUAGCUUCCAGUCGACUUGUCCGUAACCGCUUCCUCAUCUCCCUUUCCGGAAAGAAACUCCGUAGUACCAGUGACCCCAAAGGCACUGGUAGCAGCAGUAAAUUCCAGGGUGAGCCCACGUUAGGAGGCCUAAGGAGGAUACGCACAGUUACAGAGCCCUCUAUAUUCUCUCCAGUUCAGGGAGAUGUCUUCAGUCCUGUAUUUACUGAUGGACAUCUGCCGAAAAGCCCAAGUGUUAGUCUGGAUACCUCUUUUGUGGGCAGCAAGACUUCGGAAACUCAGGGCAGCACAUCUAGUAUUGGGGAGCCAGAGGUGCAUCUGAACAAAGCUGGAGAACGGAGUUCAGGUGUUGGAGACGCCCCCCGAGAGCAGACCAGUCGGGAAAGGCUGGCCGGCGAUGGCUCAACCUCUGGGGGCGGGGCUCAAUUUAAAAGUCGCAGCCAGAGUUUCAACACGGACACUACCACCAGCGGCAUCAGCUCCAUGAGCUCCAGCCCAUCCCGAGAGACGGUGGGUGGCGUGGACUCUUCUACCAUCGACACGGACUGUGUUAGCCUCAAUACGGUCAUUAGCACUCAAACUGUCAAAACACUUAACUCUCUCACGCCCCAGUCCAACCACCUGCCCCUGUCCAAAUCUAACUCAGUACUGCUGAUGCCACCAGGUUCCUCUCAUACUUUGCCACGGAGGGCUCAGUCCCUUAAAUCGCCCCCUGUCACGACCAUUUCAAGCCUGACAGACUGUAGUUUCAUGUACACCAGCCCUCGAGACGCAUUGGGCUAUGCUACCCUCAAACGACUACAGCAGCAGCGCAUUCACCCUUCCCUUUCCCAAAGCGAAGCGCUCACCUCGCCUGCCAAAGACGUGCUCUUCGCCGAUGCCAUCACUAUGAAAACUGGCAGCCUGGACUCCAGACUCACACCACGCAGGUAUACUAAAAAGCGCUUCAGAUGUCUGGGCCAAGGUUCGAGCAGGCCCCAUCACAGAUCUCUGCUGCCACGGUUUCUCAAGGCUUUGAGUUUUGCAUCUCUGGAUAAGGAGGAUCUUCUGAGCCCUAUCAGUCAGACCUCCCUGCAGCGCUCCUCCUCAGUGCGUUCCAUGGUGUCCAGUGCCACAUAUGGCAACUCAGAUGACUACAUUGGCCUUGCACUGCCAAUGAACAUCAACAGCAUGUUCCAGAUUAAAGACAUACCGUACUUCCAGAAGAGGACAAGUCCACCGUCAGAAGACCGAUCAGCAAAGUUCUUCUCAGGAGAUGCAGAUGGUUCCAGUGAAGGAUCCGGGCAUUCUGUUCUGCGAUCUCAGCUUAGUAUCACGGAGCUGAUUGCGGUGAGCCGUUCAGACCAGCACCAGCUGCUGGGUGCGGAGGAGACCGGUCUGCAGGAGCACAACGAGGAGAACUGCCUUUACUGUGCAGGGCUCUACGUGCUUGGCUGCAAUUUAAGCACUCCCACACAAAGCCGCACAGACUAUCCCGAUGCUCCAUUCUCGGAGUGGUGCAAUCAGUCCUUACACAACCUGGAAGUCAUGCCUCAGUCUAAGUACUCAGGAGUGUCUGGCUGCAGCGACGCUGUCUCUCAGGGCUCUGGUGGCAGCACCGAGCUUGUUCUUGGGGUGAAAAAUAUACCUGAGGAUGCUCCAGCGUGCCGUGUUCUUCUGAGAAAGGAGGUGCUUCGGCUGGUCAUCAACCUGAGCUCCUCAGUGGGGACAAAAGGGAAUGAAACUGGACUCCUCACAAUCAAGGAAAAGUUUCCUUAUGCGUUUGAUGACAUCUGCCUGUAUUCCGAAGUUUCAUACUUGCUGGCUCACUGCAUGUUCAGACUGGCUUCACGACGCUUCAUUCAGGAGCUCUUUCAAGAUGUUCAGUUCAUUCCGAUGUACGAGGAGGCUGAGAGCAUUCUGACAGUGCCCAAGAAGUCUACCACAGUAGAUCUUCCAUCAGAGCCGUGAUCCUCUAGGCGUUUUUCCAGACUAUUCUCUUCCCCUAUGCAGCAAGUUGUCAAUCUUUUUCUUGGCCUGAGCAUGCAACUAAGAUGAAUACGCAAUAAGAGACUAGGGCUAUGGGACAGACAUAAGUGGAUUAAGAGAGUCACCAGGAAUGUUUCCACAGAGAGGGAAAAAGCGGUACGUUAAGAGAACAAACUCUUUUUACCUGAACAAGUAUACUUUACACAGAUGCUCUGUAGACAUCUACAGUGGAUGUCGUAACCAAAUAAUCCUUGUAAAUGACAGUUAUGAACUGUAAAGCAUUGAACGGAAAGUGAAACAUGCAUAUAUUUGAACUGAGUCAAUGCAAACUGUAUUUCAAAUGCAAGCGAGCAAAAUCAAUCAAGAGUCUCUGGGGAGUUUAUUAACUUCUGUCAUUUCCGUUCAAUCAAUAUUGUCCUUUUUUAAGGGCCUGGGCGUAUGAUUGCACGUAACAAAAGCAUUAUUUUUUCCCUGAGCGGAUCCCUCAACACUACAACAUUCCAGCUGUUUUCUUUGGAUUUCUCUAUUAGUAAUUCUGGUUGUUUAAGUAUGAAAUGGCUUUCGCAACCAGGCUGAGCAAACACUCAUAAGACACUUGUAAGACAAUCAUCAUUAAGUAAGAAUAAUAAUCAGCAACUGACAGUUUUUCUUUCCCUUUUGUACCUGACUCAUAAUUUUCUGAUUUUUAUUCUUGACGUAGCACAUAGCAAUCCCUGAGUAAAUGUAUGCACAUGUAUUUGAUGGUGGUGUUACACAAUCAUGCAAUAGCCACUGUAUUGUAUUAUUGUGUAACUUUGUUAACUGACUUGUGAAAAAUCAUCCAAAAAAAAUCUGACAUUUGAAUCCGUAAGAUAUUUAUUUAUUUAUUCACUUAUUUAUUGGUCCAAGCAGCUCUCUGUCUCUUUGACUUUAUUUUAAACCAUUAGCCAAGAUAAAACUGGCUGUGUAUUAUUUAUACCUUGACCGUAAAUGUGUAGACAGUGGGCUUCAAAAGAGGAAGUUAAAGUGCAUUUCACUACUGCUAUUUUGCAGUUUUUCUCUUCUCUGUUUUAAGUAAUUUUAGUGAUUUUUAAUUAAUAAUAGAAAUACUGCACCCAGAAUGUUUUCUCUUUCUGUAGAUAAAAUCAUUAAUUAUUGAAGCAUUAAUAAAACCAAGACUCGCCAAACAUAUUUCACAAUAUUUGUAUAGGAGAAAUACCUUUGUACUAAUAAUGCUUUUUAACCUGAAUGUGGACAGGAGAUUUUGAAUGGGCAAAAACAUAUUGGGUCAAAAAUUAAGGUUAAACUGACAAGACAUGAUUAAGACUGAUCCUUAAUAUAUGACAUGUUCUGCUCAAAUUCAACUGCCUGUCAUUCAUAAACUACUACUAUGCUUUAUCAUCAUCAAUUUUUAUAACAGCAAUUCUCAGUAUUGCGCAUACCCAUUUUGGUUUAAUAAGAUAUCAAAAUGUCUUCAGGGUUAGGAUGAAUCUAGUUUAACAUUGAAUAAAAAAAAAAC